UCUCUCUCUCUCUCUCUUCUUCCGUUUCCCACGAGAUUCUAUUCUAGCCGCCAGAAUCAGACGUGCCGCAUCGCCGGCGACCUCGCCGCCGGCGACGCGGUUGUACAGCGGACCCGGGGUCCUUGAACUGAAGUCCUCUCUGGCGGCGGUGGUGGUGGAGAGGCGUCUCCCUCGUCGUCCUCCUCCUGCCGGCCCCCUGCUGCAGCUGGACUGUCGUGGAGUGGAGAUCCAUCCACCCCGCACUUGCCACGAUCUCUUCUUUCUCGUGUCGUUGGCUGCGGAUUUGCGUGCUGUGCUGUGGUGGCGCCCCGGAAUCGAAUCCAUGGUUGGGUUCGGUUUGGUUCGUCUUCUUCAGCGCUCAGGAUCAGUCUAGCCGACGCGCCGGCGCGGUUUGGUUGUCGGAAAACAUUUUGGAGCUCAAGUGAACCCCCAUGCCCCAGGCGAGGUCCGGCUCCGAUGGCGCCGGUGGGGAAUACAUCAAGUGGAUGUGCGGCGCCGGCGGCCGCGCGGGAGGCGCCAUGGCCAACCUCCAGCGCGGCGUCGGCUCCCUCGUCCGGGACAUCGGCGACCCCUGCCUCAACCCCUCCCCAGUUAAGGGGAACAGAAUGCUCAAACCAGAAAAAUGGCAGACAUGUUUUGACAGUGACGGAAGGGUUAUAUGUUUCCGCAAAGCCCUUAAAUUCAUUGUCUUAGGGGGCGUGGAUCCUUCUAUUCGAGCGGAAGUUUGGGAAUUUCUUCUUGGCUGCUAUGCCUUAAGCAGCACAUCAGAGUAUAGGGGAAAGUUAAGAGCUGCUCGAAGGGAGAGGUAUCAUUAUUUAGUUAGACAAUGCCAGAGCAUGCAUGCAAGCAUUGGUACAGGUGAGCUUGCCUACGCUGUCGGAUCGAAGCAGAUGGAUGUCAGGACUUUGCCCAAAGAAACUGGUACUGGAGAAGAAGUCAGCACGAGUCAGCAAACUUCACAUCAAGCACCUUGCGAUGUAGUGGAAAAUUCUAAUUUGAAUUGCGGGUCUGAUGGCACACCUCAGUCUCAGAAACGAAAAGGCUGUAGUAAAUCAGCCGAACCAAUUGGUUUUAACAUACAUAAUGAUAGCUCUGUAUAUGAUUCUUCCAGUUUUAUGGUACCUUCCACAGCGGUGAAUAGUUGCUUGAGAGAUUUCGGAGAUUAUGAUGACAUUGGUGAACCAAGGUAUGACAGUGAGACCUUCACCAAUUUUCCUUCCCUGUCUGGUACAAACUUGUUCGCAAAUGGUGGUGAGAAUAGCAAUGGAGUUGAGGAAAGUCAUUGUAGUUUCUCGGUUCCUGAAGAUAGGUUAAGGCCCCGUGAUGAACGCAUGCACAGCUUCCAAAUCAAUAACAACAUAGAUCUGAUUAUAGAGUCAAAUUCAUUCUCCAAUGAUCUGUUUCGACCUAGCAAUAGUGACUCAGCCGUUUUUCACUCGGAUGCAUACAAGCAGGAUAGAUGGUUAGAUGAUGGCUAUAGUAAGGAAAUUAUAGACUCCUUGAGGAUAUCUGAUGCACCAGAAGCAGAUUUAGUUGAUGGAACCAAAUCAAAUGGUUCAAUUGCCGAAAAAGAUAGAGUCUCCGAAUGGCUUUGGACACUGCAUCGAAUUGUGGUCGAUGUGGUGAGAACAGAUAGUCACCUUGAUUUCUUUGGAGAAUCAAGGAAUAUGGCUAGAAUGUCUGAUAUACUUGCAGUUUAUGCGUGGGUUGAUCCCUCCACUGGAUACUGUCAAGGUAUGAGCGAUCUGCUGUCACCUUUUGUUGUUAUAUAUGAGGAUGAUGCAGAUGCCUUUUGGUGCUUUGAGAUGCUACUGAGAAGGAUGCGCGAAAAUUUCCAGAUGGAGGGACCAACGGGAGUUAUGAAGCAGUUGCAAGCAUUGUGGAAGAUCAUGGAACUGACAGAUGUUGAAUUAUUUGAACAUUUGUCGGCAAUUGGUGCUGAAAGCCUUCAUUUUGCUUUCCGGAUGCUGCUAGUGCUUUUUCGCCGUGAGCUAUCUUUUGAGGAAUCACUGAUCAUGUGGGAGAUGAUGUGGGCUGCUGAUUUUGAUGAAGAAGCAAUCAGGCGUUUAGAAGAUAACUGUCUAGGACCAUUGCUGGUUGAUCUGAGGACUGAUUUAUCAUGUGAAGUUAAAGAAGUGCCUCGGAUGAACAGUUCCACGAGAAGAAAAUCCAAAACCAGGAAAUCCCAUCGUAGGAAUGGUGAAAUCUGUGGAGCUUGUCACCCUGGAACGAGAUCCAGUACAAGAAAUCAUCUUUGUGGCUUGUCAAGUGCUACUAUAUGGGCAAGGCCUCAGCAUAUGCCACAACUGAAUGCAAAUGUGCUGGCAAGGAGUGGAGAUGAUGAACUGCCUAUUUUUUGUGUAGCGGCAAUCUUGAUAAUCAAUCGCCACAGGAUAAUUAGAGGGACUCGCUCAAUAGAUGAUGCAAUCAAGAUGUUCAACGACAAUGUGCUAAAAAUCAAUGUAAAAAGAUGCGUACGCUUGGCCAUCAAGCUGAGGAAGAAGUACUUGUACAAGGCAUUGAAAGGAGGCUCGAGUGAUGAUAAAGAAAGUUGAAGGGCCUGCAUUUCCGUUGUAGAAAAAUACUAGGUAUUUCUCCACCAUGCAUUACUGACUAGGGUUGGUGGAGCGGUAUUGGCCAGAAGUCCGGCACAUCUCCAAGAUCCGUUACUCAGCAUUGCAAGGAAACCUGUAAAUACUAGUAUACUUGAACACAACAGAUGAAGCUGUUGAAGUAAAGAAGAUGAAAAAAAAAGAAUUGAUUCCACCGUGCCGCUGUAUUGCUGGUGUUGUCAUUGUUUUUGUUGUGUCCAUUUGGCAGGGGUAAUGCCCGUGAUGAUUGUAUUUAUCGAUCUGGAGGUCUGAGUGGGGUGUGCCCUGUGCAGGGCAUGCAAACCACACGGAACAGAAAAAAGAAAGGGUUGAAGUGUACAAAGUGUUCUGUUUGUUUACAACUUACGAGAUGUUACACAUUUGAAUACUUAAGAGCAACUGUGAAUUAGGCACUGCAUUUCACAAAA